UAAUGAUAAAAAAGAAAAUCAACAUCGAAUGCCCCCACUUUCUCUCUCUUACUUUCUUUCUCAUCAAUUCAUCACUCAUGGUACGAGUCCUAUUCCACUACUAAACUCAUGAAUCCAUUAUUGCUUUUCGGGAAUGAGGGUGAGAAUGUUCUUGAUUUCACCUGUUUAUCAGAGCAAACACCCUUUUGAUUAUAGAUGUCAAAAGACAUCACCAUUCCAUUAAUAGCAAAAACUAAUUAUAAACUUGGCAAAUUUGGAGCUUUUCUUCAUCAGUAAACAAAUCUGGCCUUUCCACCCCUACUUCUUGCAAGAAGAAGCAAUGGGUGGUAGAUUAAAAGUAUUUAUUCCAAUUCUUGAUUCUGGGGAUGAUCCAAGAUUGAAGCGCUUGUUAUGAAUGUCAUGUUCGUUUUGCUUGUUAAUGGGGUUUCAAGUGAUUCUCCCGUUGAUCACAUUCUUGAUUUUAUUUGUCGGUGGUAAUUCUUUGGCUCUUAGAUCUGCAGAUCAUGGUGUUCCACCUGCAUCAAGUCCCACUAAAAUUCAUGCAACGAAAUGGAUGAAACGAGGUUUUAGGCCUUUUUCUAGCACAUCUUUCCAGAGAUAUCAUCAUGAAAGAUCGAAAAUUAACCAUAUUGCCCCUACACCCUUGUACCAACUUCAACCACCAACUUACGCCCCACAAGGUCCAUUUGCUCCUUCACCAUCACCCGUUGAUCCAACUAACCGAUUCGGGCCAACGAUAUCUCCAUCAAGCUACUCGUUGACAAAGAAUACAGCUCCUCCCCCAACUCCGGUUUUCACGCUACCUCCACCACCUCCCAAUGAAGAUUGUACAACAGUGACCUGCGUGCAACCGCUGACAUACACGCCGGCGGGAUCGCCGUGUGCUUGUGUGUGGCCGAUCGAAGUUCGACUACGCCUCCUUAUUUCUCCAUAUACAUUCUUUCCAUUAGUUUCAGAACUCGCUAAAGAAAUCUCCACCAGUCUUUCACUCAAUGUAAGUCAAGCCCGAAUCAUGGGAGCCAAUGUCGCCGGAGAGCAGCUUGACAAAACCAUCGUUCUCGUCAAUUUGGUACCUCUGAAUCAAAAUUUCGAUCCCGCCACCGCGUUUUCGAUCUACCAAAAGUUCUGGAAGAAACAAGUUUCGAUAAACAGAGCUCGAUUUGGAGCUUAUGAAGUCGUAUCCAUUAGCUAUCCAGGGCUUCCACCUUCCCCGCCGUCGUUGCCUUCCAAUUCCGAUGUGACAAUCGGCCAAUCGGAUUCUGUAAACAGUGAUAGAGGAAGGCCGUUGAAGCCUAUCGGAGUUGACAUACCUAGAAACGGGAAGGAGGAUAAGAGUAAGCCAAAUGGAAGCAUUAUGGCGGUGGUGAUUUUAUCAUCUGUUACAGCUUUUGUUGUUCUCAUCGGAGCCUUGUGGCUUGUCUUGUUGAAAUGCGGAUGCUGUUUUUCCAAUUCCCGAACAGACAAAGACCCUCGUGGACUUACGAAACCAUCUGGAGAAUCGUUGAUAGUUGGAAGCAGGAAAAGCUCAACAUCAAUGUCAUUUAGCUCAAGUUUAGCAGCAUACACAGGAACAGCGAAGAUUUAUAGUUUGAGCGAGAUGGAGAGGGCUACUGAUACCUUUGAUUCGAGUAGAAUACUUGGAGAAGGUGGUUUUGGAAUUGUUUAUAGCGGUGUUCUUGAAGAUGGGCGGAAAGUUGCAGUGAAGGUUCUUAAGAGAGAUGACAGGCAAGGAAGUCGUGAAUUUUUAGCCGAAGUGGAGAUGCUGAGUCGUCUUCACCAUAGAAACUUGGUUAAACUGUUGGGUAUUUGUACAGACGACCAUUUUCGGUGUCUGGUUUACGAGCUUGUUCCAAAUGGAAGUGUAGAAUCUCAUUUACAUGGUGCGGACAAGAUCCCCCCGCUGAAUUGGUGUGCUAGAAUGAAGAUUGCCCUAGGAGCAGCUCGUGGUUUAGCUUACUUGCAUGAAGAUUCAAGUCCACGUGUCAUUCAUCGAGAUUUCAAAUCAAGCAACAUUUUGCUCGAAAACGAUUUCACCCCUAAAGUUUCGGAUUUCGGUUUGGCUAGAACAGCAUUGGACGGACAUAAGCACAUAUCAACACAUGUCAUGGGAACUUUUGGCUACCUGGCACCGGAAUAUGCCAUGACGGGCCAUCUUCUUGUAAAAAGUGAUGUUUACAGCUACGGAGUAGUCCUCCUCGAGCUUCUAACAGGGCGAAAGCCAGUGGACCUAUUGCAGCCACCCGGUCAAGAAAACCUAGUCACAUGGGCUCGACCACUUCUCACAAACAAGGACUCACUCGAAUCAAUCAUUGACCAUGACAUCAUAAACUCAAACACCCCAUUCGAUAGCAUACUCAAAGUAGCAGCCAUAGCUUCAAUGUGUGUUCAACCAGAAGUAUCUCAUCGCCCGUUCAUGGGCGAAGUUGUUCAAGCAUUAAAACUUGUUUGCAAUGAGUUUGAUGAAAUAAGAGAAAUGACUCCAAGAAGUAGGAGCCAUGGUGAAGAGGUUGAUUUUGAAAUGAUGGAUUAUUCAGAAGAGACGGGAAGAGAGAUGACAAGUGGGUAUGAAUAUGAUAUGGAGAUUGGAUUUCAGGGUACGGAUUUGAGGGGUGGGAGGAUUGAGAAUGUGGAGGGGUUGGAGUCUGAAUCAUUCAGACGUCAGUUUAAUUCUGCUCCUUUGAAAAUGGAGAGGAAGAAGCAGUUCUGGAGACGAUUAAGAGGUUUGUCUAGAGGAAGCAUGAGCGAACAUGAACAUGAACAUGAACGUGAUCAUGUGUUUUCUUCAAAUUUGUAAAGAUUCAAGGAUAUAGAUUUGAUUCAGGGAUGUUUGGAUGUGGAUUUUGGAGAUAUAUAGAAUAAUCAGAAUCAGAUAAUUAAAUGUAAUAAAACAUGCUGU